AUGGGAGAGCGUGGAGAGCAAAUAGUAUCCGGUGUGAACCACAUAGGAGCGGAAGAGGCCACCUUCCCUAUAGUCUGCGAGACCUGUCUCGGUGACAACCCCUACGUACGAAUGCAGAAGGAACCCAUGGGCGAUGAAUGUAAGAUAUGUGAGAGGCCCUACACUAUGUUCCGAUGGAAAGCCGGCUCUAAGGGAAGAUACAAGCAGACUGUGCUCUGCCAAAACUGUGCAAGGAUGAAGAACGUCUGUCAAGUGUGCAUCUUCGACCUCGAUUUUGGUCUGCCGGUACAGGUCCGAGAUAAGUUCCUGUCGGAAGCCGAGAAGUUGAGUCUACCUGAAUCGACCGUUGGUCGAGACUACCAAGCACUCAACAACUCCCAAAAUGCUAAUCCAGCCUUGACCUAUGGCAAACUCAAGCAUCAUCCUAUGUUGCAGAAGUUGGCCAGAACAGCGCCAUAUUACGAGCGGAACCAGGCACGUAUAUGCUCCUUCUUCGUGAAGGGCACAUGCAACAGGGGAGACGAAUGCCCGUACCGGCAUGAGAUGCCCAAACCCGAGGGGAAUGAUCUGAACGACCAGAAUAUAAGAGACAGGUAUCAUGGUACUGAUGAUCCUGUGGCCAAGAAGAUACUCAAGCAGGCAGCCGAGAAGUUCCAGUUGGAAGCUCCGGAGGAUACUUCCAUCACUACUUUGUAUAUUGGUGGGAUCGAUCCAAAUGCACAGAUCGGGGAGAGCAACAUUCGUGCGGAAUUCGAAGAGUUCGGCCAGAUCGACUCGAUCGUUCUUGUGGAGAAAUCCAACUGCGCAUUCGUCGAAUUCACUGGGCGCCAAUCAGCUGAAAAGGCCGCUGCAGAGAAGGGCGGCAGCAACCUUGUUAUAAACGGAGCCCGCCUCCGAGUUUCUUGGGCUAAGCCGAAAAGCGGAGGACUAUCGGCUGGAUCGUCAGCCCUAGUCAAGGCUGCUGCAGAGGGUUCUGCCGUCAAACAAACGGUGUUGGCACCAGCAGGAUCCGGGGUGUAUCCGAGUAUGAACCCGAUGGUGCACGGAAACGCUCCCAUUCCACAAGCCACUCCUGAGCAGCGAGCUCGUCAGGAAAAGCAGUGAAGAUUGGUGCAGACCGAUCAAAACGAUGAAAUUUCAUCUCGUGGUGCUGAUGAUGGUUGCCAACGAGAAUCACCUCUGUAUCCGAAGACCGC